GGAAUUGGGUGAAGAUUUGGAAGAUGCCGAGAGCGUUUUUGGUGAAGAAGAAGCGGGGAGCGUGUGGUGCCUGGCAGUGGAAGGAACCGGAAAAUGUUGAGUUUAAAGAUGAUGAUUUAUCUGGUCCGGACUCUUCAACAGAUCAGUCAUCAGGAGCAGACGGCCAGCAGUCAGCCCCUCCCCCAGCUCCUCCUCCAGGCUGUGGAGCAGCAGCUGACAUCCGAGUCCCUGUCCCUGUGGUGUGUUCAGGGUCUGAUUCAGCUCAGGACUGGCCAACUCUCAUGCUGCGGAACACGUACUACCACCCCACUGCUAUGGCCCUUAUCAGCAGAGCCAAGUCGCGUCCUCGCAGCUCCCCCAGCUCUGGAGACUUUGUGUGCCAAGUGUGCCACAAAGUGUUCCCUCUGCAGCGUAUGUUGACCCGCCAUCUUAAGUGCCACAGCCUGGUGAAGAGGCAUCCCUGUCGCUACUGUGGAAAGGGCUUUAAUGACACCUUCGACCUCAAGAGACACAUGCGGACUCACACAGGCAUCCGACCGUACAAGUGCGAGCUGUGUGACAAGGCCUUCACUCAGCGCUGCUCCCUGGAGUCUCACAUGAGGAAGAUCCACGGGGUGCACCAGCAGUACGCCUACCGCCAGCGCCGCUCCAAGAUCUUUGUGUGCGAGGACUGUGGCUACACGUCCAGCAGACCCGACGAGUACUUCCUUCACGUCAGACAGUGUCACCCUGGAAGCCCCGCCCUGAGACGCUACUACCGCCGCCACGCACAGGACAACAGCAGCUUCAACCCUCAGGAACGCAAGAUCAACCCCUACUUACUCUACUCCAAUCCCUACUACAUGUAACAAUAUAAUAUUCA